AUGCUUUCCCUGAAGGUCGCUUGCCUUAUCCUGAGUGUGGCCAGCACAGUCUGGACCUCAGACACCGAUGGCGGCGAAUUUUUAGCGGAAGGAGCACAGGGGCGUGGCCCAAGAGUUAUGGAGAAACAGCCCAGUCACUGCAAAGAGGCAGACUGGCCCUUCUGCUCUGAUGAUGACUGGAACCACAAGUGCCCGUCCGGCUGCAGGAUGAAAGGGCUGAUUGAUGAGGUCAAUCAAGAUUUUACCAGUAGAAUAAACAAGCUCAAAAACUCACUAUUUGAUUUUCAAAAGAACAACAAGGAUUCUAAUUCGCUGACCAGGAAUAUUAUGGAGUAUUUGAGAGGGGACUUCGCCAAUGCCAACAACUUUGAUAACACAUAUGGCCAAGUGUCAGAAGAUCUGAGACGCAGAAUUGAGAUCCUGAAGCGCAAAGUCGUAGAAAAAGCACAACAAAUUCAAGUUCUGCAGAGCAAUGUCAGGGCUCAGUUGAUAGACAUGAAACGCCUGGAGGUGGACAUCGAUAUCAAGAUCCGCUCUUGCAAAGGGUCCUGCAGCAGGGGUGUGGCCCGUGAGAUAGAUCUACGGGACUAUGAAGGUCAGCAGAAGCAGCUUGAACAGGUCAUUGCUAAAGACUUGCUUCCUGCAGAAGACAGGCAGUACUUGCCAGCAAUAAAAAUGGUUCCAGUUCCCGACUUGGUUCCCGGAAACUACAAGAGCCAGCUUCAGGAGGCCCCUCCAGAGUGGAAGGCAUUAACAGAAAUGCGGCAGAUGAGAAUGGAGCUGGAGAGGCCCGGGAAGGGUGGGAAUUCACGAGGAGAUGCGCGCGGGGAUUCUCCAGGAGGCUCUGCAACAUAUGGAACAGGGACAGAGGCAGAAAACUCCAGGAACCCUGGAUCUGGUGGAUCUGGGUAUUGGCGUCCUGGGAGCUCCGGGCCUGGAAGUGAUGGGAAUCGGAACCCCGGCACCAUGGGGUCUGAUGGACAUGGGGGUCCUGGAAGCUCUAGACCUGGAGGGUUUAGGCCAACUCCCUCAGUCUCUGGGAACCCCAGGCCUAGCAACCGUGACUGGGGUGAUUUUUCAGAAUCCACAGGAAGUAGCAGCCCAGCAAUAAAGGAAGAAUAUCACACAGGUAAAGUGACCACCUCUAAAGGAGACAAAGAGCUCCUGAUUGGAAAUGAGAAAGUCACCUCUACUGGCACAAGUACCGUACACCGUUCAUGCUCUAAAACCAUUACCAAGACUGUUACGGGUUCUGAUGGUCGCCGAGAAGUGGUCAAGGAAGUGGUCACCUCGGAUGAUGGCUCUGACUGUGGUGAUGCUGUUGAAUCAGGCUUGCUCCAGAGUUUUGGGGGCAGGUUUGACAGAUUUGCCCAAAGGUUCCCCGACCAAGCUGCUUUUUUUGACCAUCACUUGGAUUCACUCUCAUCGGACUACAAAGAAUAUGUCAGUAAGACCCAGGUUACAGGCCCUGAUUCUUCAGACAUAGCAGACUCACGCUUCCAUGUGCCUGACUUUCCUUCCAGUAGUAAAACCUCAACUGUCAGAAAACAAGUCACCUCUAAGACCUUCAAAAUGGCAGAUGAGGCAGGAAGUGAAACCCACCAUGAAGGAGAAACUCGGACUACCAAGAGGGGCCGUGCCAAAUCGCGUGCAUCCAGAGACUGUGAUGAUGUCCUCCAAACACAUCCUUCAGGUGCCCAAAGUGGCAUUUUCAGUAUCAAGCUUCCUGGAUCCAGUAAGAUUUUUUCUGUUUAUUGCGAUCAAGAGACCAGUUUGGGAGGAUGGCUUUUGAUCCAGCAAAGAAUGGAUGGAUCACUGAAUUUUAACCGGACCUGGCAAGACUACAAGAGAGGUUUUGGCAGCCUGAAUGACAAGGGGGAAGGAGAAUUCUGGCUAGGCAAUGACUACCUCCACUUACUCACUCUGAGGGCCUCUGUCCUCAGGAUUGAAUUAGAGGACUGGGCUGGGAAACAGGCUUAUGCAGAGUACCACUUCCGGGUAGGCUCUGAGGCUCAGGGCUAUGCUCUGCAGGUCUCCUCCUACCAUGGCACGGCUGGAGAUGCUCUGAUGGAAGGUUCUGUGGAGGAGGGGGCAGAAUACACCUCACACAACAACAUGCAGUUCAGUACCUUUGACAGGGAUGCGGACCAAUGGGAAGAGAGCUGUGCGGAGGUCUACGGGGGAGGCUGGUGGUAUAACAGCUGUCAGGCUGCCAACCUCAAUGGCAUUUACUACCCUGGGGGCACCUAUGACCCCAGGAACAACAGCCCCUAUGAGAUAGAGAACGGGGUGGUCUGGAUUCCCUUCAGAGGAGCAGAUUAUUCCCUCAGGGCUGUUCGGAUGAAAAUCAGACCGCUGGUGGAGCAGUAG